UUUGCGUCAUUGGUUAUUACUAAACAGCAAAAAGAAUGUAUUGUAAUUUUAGAUCUUCUCGCAUUAUUGACAAUAUGCAUCGUAUCAAGUAAAGGUACACCAUAUCCUCAGUUCAAAACACCAGAUCCUGACUGCAUAAAAAAUGGAACCAAGUACUAUCCGGAUCCAUAUAACUGUACACAAUACUAUGUAUGUGAUGUUCAUAACCAAAAGGUGCUAAAGGAAUGUACCCAAGGUAAAUGGUGGAAUGAUUUAAUACAAGCUUGUGAUGUUAUCCAAGAUGGUGUUUGCUGGGAUCCUGAUUGCGAGAAGCAACAAUAUUGGCCUAAUGUAUACGAUUGUUCAAAGUACUACGAAUGUAAUACUGAGGGUGAGAAGGUUGAAAUGCAGUGCCCAGCAGAUCUUUUAUGGAAUCCCCUGUUAACGACUUGUGAUCGCCCAGAAAACGUUGAUUGUUCAUGGACCGUUGGCCCUACACAACCAACAACGCCCCCAACAACACCGACAACUACACCAACUACAAGAGCAACAACCUUACCAACAGUAGAUCCAAGUCUUCGGUGUGACAAGGAUGGCGAAUACUUUCCAGAUACAACCAAUUGCCAAGCAUUUUACGAAUGUAUUGAUGGAGUAAAACAACAUGAUAUAUGCCCCGAUCCGCUUUUGUGGAAUGUUCAUGUACCUGGAUGUACUGUCGAUUCUGACUGCUCCCAAGUUUAUGGUACAACACCUGUUUACUGCGAUAACGGUAGCCUGACAGGUGAUGUUGAUGACUGUCACAGAUUCUUCAUUUGUCAAAAUAACCACUGGGUAGGACCUCUCCAAUGUCCAAACGAUCUCUAUUGGAGCGAAAAGAGUAAAGGGUGUGUCAAGAUUGAAGAUUCUGACUGCCCCAAAGUAGCCAAAAAGUAAUCCAAAAUAUACUUAACAAUAGUGUCGAUAUUGUACGUUUUAUUAACAAAUAAACCUUAAUAAUAU